GGUUGUCGAGACGGUCACCACGGAUUAUUCGCAGUUCGGGGGGCAGGCGCCCCAGGUGCUUUAUUUUUUGGUGAGGGGGGUGAGGGGGGUGUAGUGCCAGUGGCUUAUCUAGGUGAUGUGGGGUGUUGUUGUGAUAAGGGAGGGGGAUGAGAGGAGAGUCGGGUUUUGUGUUUGUGGAGUGGAUUGGUGGUUUUGGAUUCUGGACUGGUUGUUGGCAUGUUGAGGACGCUGGGUUUGGAUGUACUUGGUGCUAUAGAUGGACGAUGAUAAUGGUAAUGAUGUGUGGGACUUGUCAAUUGUGCUAUUUAGAUCUAUGCCUGAAGAUAAGUUAUCGGUGGUUAUGGACUGGAAGAAUACUCUGCAGAGUGUGUAUUGGCAGCAUUGGAGUUGCCACGAUUUGUACAUAGCGAUACUUCAAUUGUCGAGAAUGAGGGCGGGGAACCAUGUUUUUGAACAAUUUAACCUAGCUAGUCUCAGUAUACCUAGAGAAAUGUAUGCAAUUAAAGGCACUGUGCCAUGUAUGAAUCCAUGUGCACAGCAUCGAGAACGACCGCACCCGGAAAACCAUCGGAGGACGAUCGGCAGCCCAUCAGUGCCGAAGCGGUGGCAAUCCCAAGAAAAGUUGGUGCAGUGUGCAGCGUGCACAAAUCCCGACCAUCAGGGGCACACGCACACGGCUGACAUGACGUCAGGGCCUCCCGUCGAAGAAAUUUCAGAUCGUUCCACGGCCAGAGGAGACGCAGAGCUUUCUAGAAGCUUAGCAGAAUUAGAUGUGCAGUGCAUUGUGGUGUGGUGCCCUGAUGGGGCCAACCACGAGUUCUCGGUCGGGUGGCUGCGCGACCGUCAGCAGCUUAUUAUUCCUUAACUCCGUGGAGUGGGGCGUCAGCAAGUUGCCGUUUCAGACUACCGUCCAGAUUACUGGACUAGCGUCCAGAAACUGGAGGCAGGGCUGCGUUUCCUUGGUUGAU